GAAACCUAUAUAUAGCAAACGGCAGCCAUCUUUGCCCUCCCUCGCUCCGUCUGCGCCAUCUUGAAAACGGGUGUCUUAUUGGAGUGUCUCCUUGAUACUGUACAAUUGCGCUUUUUGGCGGAUGGUACUCAUGUUAAAAAUAAAAAAAAUUGCUGGGUCUUGCUACUAUUAACGGCAUUUUUAAAAGUCACGGGACUAACGUACGUUCCUUUACUCGAAUGUAGGAUGCCUUAUUUUAGCUAUGAGCAAGGUCUCUUUCCGUGCAAGGCAGAUUGAUUUCAACAAGCCGUUACCUAUUCUGAAGGAUGGUUCCGACAUUCUCACGGAGUUUAGCGAGAAUGCCCUCGUCAAUCGCGGUGUCCCUCAAAUCCCUAGCGGGAUGGAGAAGGAGGAAGAGAAUGUAAUUAUUUAUGUACCACCAAGUGGUUUUACAUGCUUAUACUACUUGUCCUAUCUUUAGGCUUUCUGCUUAUUUAUUUAUGCUUAUCGUAUCUACCUCUGUUGUGAUCUUACCUAGGAACAUCAUUUCGUGGAAGUCAUUCACGCGCUGCAGCUUCGUUCAGAGAAAGAUGUCAAAAUCCCCGUACCUGAUAUCAUUGACCAGAUCGAGUCUUACAAAAAGCUGUACGCCAACGGGUUCUCACUCCCCAAACAGCUUUUCCACAUCCGAACGGUCGUCUUGGCAGAUGGAGACCCCGUCGAAUACGACAUGGACACGGAUGACGAAGACUGGCUCAGCAGAAGCGAACUCGGUAUCAGCCCUGAAAAAUUUGAGGCAAUGAUCGAUCGCCUUGAACGUAAUUGUGGUCAGAGAGUAAGUGCGCUACUUCAGCAACACUAUAAUGCAGGUCUUAAACUUGGAGGAGGCAAAAGGCAUCCUGCAGGAUAAGCCAUCCCUCGUGAUAGCUGUUUACGACUAUUGGCUUAACAAGCGCGUCCAGUCCCGUCAACCUCUACUUUUCACCGUUCGCCAUGAAAGGCGAGAUGGUGGCAGCAAUACAGACCCAUAUGUCGCUUUCCGUCGAAGGAGUGAAAAGAUGCAAACAAGAAAGAAUCGAAAAAAUGAUGAGCAGUCCUACGAAAAGAUGCUGUUGUUUCGUGAACAAAUGGAGAGCCUGGGCGAGGUACUGUCGCGACUUGUCAGAAGAGAAACUGUCAAGGAAGCUUUGGUGCUUUCCGAUAAGAGGUGCUUCGAGCUGCGGUAUCAGCUUGGUGACUGGGACGGUAGCUCAGUGACAGAAGCGGAGUCUUUCGCUCGAAAACCACCUCGAGUUGUUAAUUCGUCGGCAGAUGUUCACUCCCUUAAGGACUUUACGCGCAAGCGUUCUUCAAGAAAGCGAAAGCUAACCCAACGUGCACUCGACUUGUCUUCGCAUACGCAGAGCUCUGAAGAUGUGGAAAAAGAGCGUGUUGAAUGUUCCGAAAAUUGGCCAUUUGCUUUCGUCCGCACUCCCGGAUGCCAGUAUCUGAAGCCAAGAGACGUCGGUCACGGCGAUUCCACCUCGACACCUGCUUUCACUCGUUCUCCACAUUUGCGUUACGCGCUAGCCACUGUACCCUCCAUAAACUCCUCCAGUCGACAUAUAUACACUGGUUAUCUACGACGUCGACUGGGACGUGGUGGACGUGUAAUAUGCGAUCGUUUGGGGGCUCCCUUCGAAUUGGCAUCCUUCCUUCGAAGUUAUGACGAGAAAGUUUCUUCGCCUUAUUCUCUCCAAACAACUUCGCCCAUGCAUUUGACUGUUAAACCCUUCGAAGCCAAAGACGAAGUCCUCCUUCGACGCCUAAGACCUGUCCUAAUGGCCAGUCACCAGUGUCGACCAUCCUUUCAAUGGCCUGUUUGUGCAAAACCCUCCGAUCCCCCGUCAUUCGAGCCUCUCCACCCUCAUCCUUGGAAGCUGAUCACAAACUCCCAUUUAAACCAGUGGACUUGUCCCGCACUUCACUUAAAUUCCACUCCCAUGUCUCCUGUGAUGAAGGGGAAAAAUACUUCAGAUUCUCCGAAGAUAAUCCCUUUUAACUCUGAUCAGGCAUAUCCUCCGGUGUUGGGACGCCCCCCCACAUCUUCCCAAAGCGACCACACGAUUGAGAAUCAUGACCUUCGAGAUGGCACUAGCCGCUAUGUUUCGAAGUCCGAUUCUUCCAUCGUGACGCCACCAUCGGAAGAUAGAAAGCAUGCACUACUGCCCCUCGCUGACAGUAAUGCGGUUUCAACUCCCCGCCGCGUCUGGCGGAAAUUGGCUCGGCCCUUUGAUGCUAUCAAUGCAUUACAGCCAUCCGACUUCCCCAGAUCUCGUGGUGGAGAAACUCCGAUCAGCAACUCCAACGGACUCGCCUCACGCAUAUUUCAGUCGACGGAUGACACACUGUUGCUGGGUUCUCCCGUCUUGACAUCCUCCAAAGUGUGUAACAUGGCUAGGGAUCACACUUGUUCCGGUCCCCAGCUUCCGACCACAAAUGGCGUGUGUCCCCCUCAGUUUUGCCAGUUACCUAUUUAG